CUAAUCAAAAUACACCUGAAGGCACAUCAACAUUCUUUUCACAGCCAUAUAAACCUGUUGGAAUGAAAAGCCAUCAUAUACAUCACCGUGUGAACUGGGAGAGAAGGGAGGAGUAACAGUCUGACUCAUACUUUGGCCAGCACAAUUAUAGUCCACUGGGGUUUGUGUGUUUAAAGGAAGGAAGGAAACAUCAAGUUCAAGGGAGGACUCCAACCACAGCUGGGAGGCUGCAGUACAAGUUUAGAUUUGAGCACCAGUUGAAGGAUCCUGAACAUGUCUGAGCUACAGGAGGAGGGAGAGGAGGGUAAGAUAAAGAGGCCGGAAGUGAGGAAUGAGGACCUGAUUCAGGCAAAAGAUAAGCUGGCGUCUGGGACUACGGUGAAGAGUAAGACCUUUGAAGUGAUGGAGGAAUGUGAACGUGAGGGGAAAGUCGCUCCAUCAGUGUUCAGUACAGUUCGAUCAGGAGGAGAGACCGUCUUCAACAAACCCAGGAAAAAGUAACAUGGGAAAUCAUUCAGAUUUACUUACUUUCAAAAUCUGUAUUGUAAGUACUGAAAUAGAAGGUUGAAUAAAAAUGGUUGAAACAA